GAAAGAUUAAUCAAAAUCAAUUAUCUUCUCUCUCUUCACCCUUCUAUUCAUCCGUUGGAUUGUCUUCCCUUCUUCUUCUUCUUCUUCUUCUUCUUCUCUUUUGCCUCCUUCUACAUCUUUCUACAGUCACCUUUUCCGUUAUCCUUGUACCUCAACUGUAGCAAAAAAUCGAACUCUUCAGCUUCUGCUACUCAAACCCCAACUCAUUAAUCUCGCUUUUCCUCUUCUGGGUCACCGUUUGGUUCUUCAACCAUGUCUCAGACUAACUGGGAAGCUGAUAAGAUGUUGGAUGUUUACAUCCAUGAUUACCUAGUUAAGAGGGAUUUGAAGGCUACUGCUCAAGCUUUUCAAUCUGAAGGAAAAGUAUCCUCUGACCCUGUUGCUAUUGAUGCCCCGGGAGGUUUCCUGUUUGAGUGGUGGUCGGUUUUCUGGGACAUAUUUAUUGCCAGGACUAAUGAGAAGCACUCGGAGGUCGCCGCAUCUUAUAUCGAGACACAGUUAAUGAAGACAAGGGAGCAACAGCAGCAGCAGCAGCAACAACAACAACAACAGCAGCAGCAACAGCAGCAGUCUCAACCCCAGCAAUCACCGCAUCAACAGCAGCAGCAGCAGCAACACAUGCAGAUGCAACAGAUCCUGUUGCAGAGGCAUGCAGCUCUCCAGCAACAGCAACAGCAACAACAACAGCAGCAACAGCAGCAGCAGCAGCAGCAAUCACAGCAACAACAGCCACAAUCACAACAGCAAAGUAGGGAUAGAGCACAUCUCUUAAAUGGUAGUGCAAAUGGGUUAGUUGGAAACUCUGGAACUGCAAAUGCACUUGCAACUAAAAUGUAUGAGGAGAGGUUAAAACUUCCCCUCCAGAGGGAUUCUUUGGAUGAGGCAGCAAUGAAGCAAAGAUUUGGCGAGAAUAUGGGUCAACUCAUAGACCCAAACCAUGCCUCAAUAUUGAAGUCAGCUGCAGCUAGUGGCCAGCCUUCAGGGCAAGUUUUGCAUGGUGCUGCCGGUGGGAUGUCUCCACAAGUUCAAGCUCGUAGUCAGCAAUUACCAGGGUCUACACUGGAUAUAAAGAGUGAGAUAAACCCCGUUUUAAAUCCCAGAGCCGCUGGUCCUGAAGGAUCAUUGUUAGCAAUUCCUGGAUCGAAUCAAGGUAGCAACAAUUUGACUCUGAAAGGGUGGCCGCUCACAGGUCUGGAGCAACUGCGCUCUGGUAUACUCCAGCAGCAAAAACCUUUCAUGCAGGCUCCUCAGCCGUUUCAUCAACUUCAAAUGUUGACACCACAGCAUCAGCAACAACUUAUGCUUGCUCAACAAAAUUUGGCAUCACCAUCUGCCAGUGAUGAAAGCAGAAGACUAAGAAUGCUAUUGAAUAAUAGGGGUAUUGGCCUAAACAAGGAUGGUCUUUCUAAUCCUGUUGGUGAUGUGUCGUCGAAUGUUGGAUCACCUCUUCAAGGCGGUGGACCUCCUUUUCCUCGUGGGGAUACAGAUAUGUUAAUGAAGUUGAAACUGGCUCAGUUACAGCAGCAGCAGCAACAUCAACAACAGCCAAGCAGCAAUGCACAGCAGCAGCAACUUCAACAGCAUGCUCUCUCGAACCCGCAAUCUCAGACUUCAAAUCAUAGCAUGCAUCAGCAAGAUAAAGUAGGGGGAGGUGGUGGCAGUGUCACCAUGGAUGGUAGCAUGUCAAACUCAUUUAGAGGAAAUGAUCAGGUUUCAAAAAACCAGAUGGGGAGAAAGAGAAAGCAGCCUGUAUCUUCUUCAGGUCCUGCCAAUAGUUCAGGAACAGCAAAUACAACAGGCCCAUCCCCAAGUUCAGCACCCUCAACUCCCUCAACCCAUACGCCUGGGGAUGUGAUAUCAAUGCCUGCCAUGCCCCAUAAUAGUAGUUCCUCAAAGCCUCUAAUGAUGUUUGGCUCUGAAGGCCCCGGAACACUUACAUCUUCUUCAAACCAGUUGUGGGAUGAUAAGGAUCUUGAAUUGCAGGCUGACGUGGAUCGCUUUGUGGAGGAUGGAUCACUAGAUGAAAAUGUGGAGGAAUUUUUAUCCCACCAUGAUGAUACAGACCCUAGAGAUACUGUUGGUCGCUGUAUGGAUGUAAGCAAAGGCUUCACAUUUUCUGAUAUAAAUUCUGUACGUGCAAGCACAAGUAAAGUUGUCUGUUGCCAUUUCUCAUCUGAUGGCAAAUUGCUCGCAAGUGGUGGCCAUGAUAAAAAGGCUGUUUUAUGGUAUACGGAUUCUCUAAAACAAAAAGCUACUCUUGAAGAGCAUUCAGCUUUGAUCACUGAUGUCCGUUUCAGCCCCAGCAUGCCGCGUCUGGCAACAUCUUCAUUUGACAAAACUGUCAGGGUUUGGGAUGUUGAUAAUCCUGGGUAUUCACUUCGCACCUUUACGGGACAUUCUGCAUCUGUUAUGUCACUAGAUUUUCAUCCAAAUAAAGAGGACCUUAUCUGCUCUUGUGAUAGUGAUGGUGAAAUACGAUAUUGGAGCAUAAACAAUGGCAGUUGUGCUAGAGUCUCCAAGGGUGGCACUACCAAGAUGAGAUUUCAACCUCGGCUAGGGAGGUAUCUUGCUGCAGCUGCAGAGAACAUCGUGUCUAUACUGGACGUGGAGACUCAGGCAUGCCGAUAUUCAUUAAAGGGACACACAAAGACAAUAGAUUCUGUAUGUUGGGAUCCAUCUGGAGAGUUACUAGCAUCUGUGAGCGAGGACUCUGUCAGGGUCUGGAACCUUGGAACAGGGACUGAUGGGGAAUGUGUUCAUGAGCUUAGCUGUAAUGGCAGUAAAUUUCACUCGUGUGUUUUCCACCCAACGUACCCUUCAUUACUGGUCAUUGGCUGUUACCAGUCAUUGGAGCUGUGGAACAUGGCUGAGAACAAGACAAUGACUCUAUCUGCUCAUGAUGGACUAAUUACUGCCUUGGCUGUUUCAACUGUAAAUGGUUUGGUUGCUUCUGCCAGUCAUGACAAGUUUAUCAAGCUCUGGAAGUGACUUGAAUGAAUGUGAAAGAAACAAGUAACAAUACUGGUAAUAGAGUAGGUUUUUUUCCCUUCCAGUGUUGAUAAUCAAGUCACAUGUUAGUAGUUUAUUUCCCAUUUUGUUUAAACUUCUUGAUCAACAAACUUACCUCUUUGUCUUUUGUCCUUUGGGGUAUUUGAUUUUCUAUGUAUCUUUAACAACUAACCUAUGUAAUGCAAUACAACUAUUCCCUGCUGUCACUCCUCCCUUUUAAAUGUUUACUUGGAUAUUUAUUCCCUUGCAACUUGGGCUGGCUA